UUGGUUUUCUAAAAGUAUCAUCAGACGAAUAAUGUCAAAAUGCAUCGCCUCGAUCUGUUGGUCACUCAUUCUAGCAAUAUACAUUCUAGUGUUAAUUCCAAAAGAAUCAGUUGAGGGAAGAAUGAUUUUGGAUGCGGGGAACAAUUCAAUAAUAAAAUCUAUUAAAGUUGACGAAGAUGAAAUCAUCGAUUGUUAUGAUAUCUUUAAGCAACCUUCUCUUAAUCAUCCUUCACUUCAUAAUCAUACAAUACAGAUGAGACCUAGUAUGAGACCAGCGUAUAUGAACAACUUCGGGACGCUUCAGCUUACACAGACUUGGCAUAAGUAUGGAAAAUGUCCAGAAGGAACUAUCCCUAUACGAAAGAACAUAAAAAGUUUCAAUUCAUUACUUGCGCGCAAACGUCUCCAUCCAAGAUUAUCUCAUUAUGAUACGCCUAAUACAUCACAACCAAACGAUAUUAGGGACGGCCAUGAGUACGCCGUGAUAAGGGUGCACGGGAAUUCUUUCGGAGCACAAGCAAAAAUAAAUCUUUGGAACCCAUCUGUAGAAUGGCCACUUGAGAUAAGUGUAUCUCAAAUCUGGGUUUCAGCAGGCCAAUAUAAUGAUGUGAAUAGUAUUGAAGUUGGAUGGGAAGUGUCUAAGGCCAUAUAUGGUGAUAAUCAAACCAGAUUCUUUAUAUUGUGGACUACCGAUCGCUACCAAACCGGUUGCUACAACCUCGAAUGUGAAGGUUUUGUGCACACAUCCUCGGAUAUCGCUGUUGGUUGUAAUUUCACGGAAUUGUCCACUUUCAAAGGAGACCAAAAAGAUGCCACUUUUGGCGUACACAAGGACAAAAAAAGUGGAAAUUGGUGGGUACAAAUACAAGGUAUUCCCGUGGGAUAUUAUCCAAGUUCCAUUUUCACCCAGUUAUCGAAGGAAGCCGUAGAAGUAGAUUUCGGUGGAGAAAUUUUUAACCAGAGAGCCAAAGGUCAACAUACUACGACUCAAAUGGGCAGUGGUCAUUUUCCCUCAGAAGGAGGUUUGGGAAUAUCAAGUUAUUUUAAUUAUGUCCAAAUAAUCGAUGAAAAUGGCGAACCUAAAGAUCCCAUAAAUGUUGAGUCGGUUGUGUCUAAUCCAAAUUGUUAUGAUUUGAAAAUUGACGACAACAAAAAUAAUGGUUUUGGAUUCUUUUAUGGAGGUUCUGGUUAUAAUGAUAAAUGUCAAUAAUGAAGACAUUAUGUCGAAUGCCCAAGUGGUUAGUUGUUCGCAGCUUCCAACCAUAUUACUCUGUCACAUGUGCUCUCUAGUCAUACAUAAUUUUAGACCGAUCAAAUGGCGUCUG